AUGCCUGAGUCCAUUCCGCUGAGGAAGAAGCCUCCGCCGCAUCCUCGUACCCUCGUCCACACCCUCUCGGAAGACUUCAGCCUCGAGCCCCCAAAUAGAAGCACCUCGCCCGUCGUUGCGUCCGGGUCCAAUUCCCGACAGCUUCCACGAACACGCUCUUCGUCGCGACAACAUCGAAAAGCGAACGGCAAGGCCGUUUCUGCGCUCAAGGAACCGGAUAGCCCAGCCAAUUCAGAACUCGAGUUUGACGACUGGGAUGAACACGACGCCGCCAUGCCCUCAGAUCUCAGACCCUCCAUCGACGUCAGAGAUGGACGCGCGAAUGCGCCCCUGUUAGGGCGCAAGACCGAGGACGACAGCAUGGAUGAAGGCUUAUUGGGGAGGAGCACACAUCACUUCCACGAGCGGGAUCCAGAGCUGCAAGCAAAACACGAGACGCGCAAGAAGUACACCUAUGCCGCUUUCCUGCUUGCGCUGAGCCUGGUCAGCUUCACCGUACAGACAGAGACGGCCGUAUACAUCCAACAUCAAUUGAAGUGGGAGAAGCCAUACUGUAUGCUCUACAUGACCCACGGCUCCUGGGUUGUGCUCUGGCCAGCAACUCUCUUCUUGCUACGUCUCCAGCACUGGAGCGAGCCAUGGCCGACGUUCUGGCGACGACACGUCCAGCUCCUCCGCCAGACCGCUCUCAUGGUCCAGCACCAGAACCUCCACCCAACACCCCGCCAAUCCCAGGUCUCGCCUGUACGAUACAUGCUCAAGAUGACGGCCUUCAUCACAUGCGCCCUUACACUUGCCGGAGGAAGUUGGUACGUGGCUGUGAACCAGACCACAGCCAGUGACCUUACAGCCAUCUACAACUGCUCUGCCUUCUUCGCCUACGCCUUCAGUAUCCCCAUUCUCCACGAGAAGGUCCGCGCCAGCAAGAUCAUCGCCGUAGCCAUCGCUAUUGUGGGCGUCUUCGUCGUCGCAUACGGCGAUACCUCCCCCGCAAAACAUGGUUCCAAGUCUGGGGGUGGGGCCGGCGGUGAUAAAGCACCCCCGUCGCAUGAAGCCGAGAAUCGCGCUUUUGGUAACCUCGUCAUUGGCAUCGGAAGUGUCUUGUAUGGUCUCUACGAAGUGCUGUACAAGAGACUUGCGUGUCCACCCGAAGGCGCUGCACCCAACAAGGGCGUUAUUUUCGCAAACUUGUUUGGAAGCUUAAUUGGUGCUUUCACUCUGGGAGUCCUGUGGAUUCCGUUGCCCUUCUUGCAUUACAUGGGCUGGGAGCUGUUUGAGUUGCCGCAUGGAGAGCAGGCGUGGAUGAUGGCUAUCAGUGUGUUGGCUAAUGCUACCUUCUCCGGAGCCUUCCUCGCGCUCAUCUCCCUCACCUCUCCCGUCCUCUCCUCUGUCGCAGCUCUCCUCACCAUCUUCAUUGUCGCGCUCGUCGAUCAGCUUCUCCCUCCGCCGCUCAACUCGCCUCUUACACCUGCUGCUAUCGUUGGCGGUCUUCUUAUUAUUGGGGCGUUCACUUUGUUAUCAUAUGCAUCAUACAAGGAGAUGGACGAGGAAAGGAGACACAAGCUCGAGGAGGCACCUAGCGAAUUGGAUGAUUAG